UGCUAACAUGCUUCUUUUCAUCAACCAGCACCAUCACACACAAAAGUUCUUAAAAUCACAACCUAUCACAACAACAAGAACAACCAUGGCAAGUUACCAGAAGCAGUACGAGGAUCAGGGUCGCAAGAUCGACGAGUAUGGCAACGUUGUACAGGAAACUGAUGAAUAUGGCAACCCGGUUCAUGCAGCAAGUGUCACCUACAUAACCUCCACCACCGGUGGUCUUGGGGAUGACUCUAACAAGCAACAUGAUACCAGUAAUGUCUACGGUGCAGACACCCGUAGACAACACGGAACUAUAGGUGACACCGGUAGACAGCACGGAACUACCGGUGGUUUUACUGGUGACACCGGUAGACAAUAUGGCACUACCGGAGGUUUUACCGGUGACACCGGGAGACAACAUGGGACUACCGGUGGGUUUACCGGUGACACCGGGAGACAACAUGGGACUACCGGUGGUUUUACCGGUGACACUGGGAGACAACAUGGGACUACCGGUGGGUUUACCGGUGACACUGGGAGACAACAUGGGACUACCGGCGGCUUUACUGGUGGUGACACUGGUCUGGGAGGCCCUUACGUUGGAGCCAACACCGCUGAUACAGGGACUGGUCCUAGAAGUGGAACCACAGGUGGCAGCGCCUAUGGAUCGGGUGGCGCUGGUGGUGGUUAUGGAAGUGGAGCUGGAGCUGGUGGAGCUGGGUAUGGUAUGAACACAGGGGGAGCACACAGUGAUGAAAGGUAUGGAAGGGAGUAUCGUGAGCAUGAUCAGUCUCGUGGAGAUCAUGACAAGAAAGGGAUAGUGGACAAGAUUAAGGAGAAGCUUCCCGGAGGACACAGUGACAACAAGUAGAGACAUCAUGGGUGUGCAUGCAUGCGUAUAUAUACAUAGUAUAAUUAAAGAUGUUAUAUUGUUGUGUUUUUGAAUAAGUUUGCUGCAUAUAUACGUACUCGUACAGUACUGUCUUGUCGUGUAAAUGUGGUGGAUCUUGUAUAUGGUUAUAGUGUAUGCAAGAGGAAUAAAAGGUGCAUGCAUGCAAGGGAAACAAAGAAGGCAUAGAUGUUCUGCCAAUGGAUAUGUAAAACCUACCCUGUUGUAGAGCAGGGUGCUUCAGUUGUGUGUUUUGAAUUUUUCAAUGAAGCAACUUUUUCUUUCUUUCUUU